UGAAACAGAUUGUACCGCUCUUCGGGUCGCAAUGGCAACUGCCCGACAAGGACGACACUAGCAACUUUUGUCGUACUUGUAAUGUUACGGAGACUUUCCAAGUCGCCGAGGAAACUACCUUCUAAUGUGAACAACAGACGUCACACCAUAUCUCAAGUCCGAAAAUGUCCCAGGGAUGUACCGUUUCUGUGGAAGAGAUCCAGUCCUGGUGGGAAGUCCCCGCCAUAGCGCACUUCUGCUCGCUGUUCAGGACCGCGUUCAACCUUCCAGACUUUGAAAUAGAGGAGCUGGAGAAGGCCCUGUCGGAGCAGGAUCUGGACUUCCUCAGGGACCUCAUUGCGUGUCUUCUGCAGGGCUGCUACCAGCGCAAUGACAUCACUCCCCAGGCAUUCAGCAGUUACCUGGACGACAUCAUCAGCUACCGGUGGGAGCUGGAAGAGGGGAAGCCCAACCCACUUCGAGAGGGUCCCUUUGAGAACCUCCCUCCUCGCACUCAGGUGGAACUGCUGCACCGGCUGUGCGACUACCGCCUGGAUGCUGCUGAUGUCUUUGACCUGCUCAAGGGACUGGAUGCAGAUAGCCUGAGAGUGGAACCACUGGGGCAGGAUGGAAAGGGAGCCCUCUACUGGUACUUUUACGGCACUCGCAUGUACAAAGAAGAGCCAGUCAAGAGGAAAGCGGAGAAAAUCAGUGAAGCCACCGAGCUGACAUUACCAGAGAAAAAGAAAAGGGGAAGACCACCAAAGAAGAUGAAACUGGAAGAACCGCAGCUAUGUGAGCUGGAGAGUGAAGAGACGGAAGGAAAGACAGAGAAUGAGCUGGAAGAUGUCCGCCCCACCACAGUCCUUAAGCGAGGCGCUUGGUCGCUUGUGUGCGAUACGGAGGAGCAAUGGGUCAGCCUGGUGGACGGCGUCAAGGACAAGACCUCCCCACAGGACCGCCACCUCUACCGCGUCAUCAGCCAGAACUUUAUGCCUGAGAUCCGCAGCAUGAUUGAGCACAAGGAGCGGGAGCAGAAACAGAAGCUACUGGACCCAGCCCCAGUUCGCAUAUCACAACGGUUCUCUGAAAAACACUUAAACCAAGAGGAGGAGGACAAUCUAAGGGCGAUAGCGCAGGAGAAGAGGAAAGAUGAAGAGAUGGACAGGCAGGUCCUGCUGGCCGAGCAACGGCGAGAAGAGGAACGGCUUCAGCAGGAAGAUCAACAGAGAGAAAAGAUGGAGAAGAUAAAAGCUGUGGAGGAGCGAGCAAAGAGGCGGAAGAUGCGAGAGGAAAGGGCCUGGUUACUGUCUCAAGGAAAAGACCUGCCACCUGAACUCCUGAAUUUGGAGCCUUCUUCUCCCGUCUACCGAACACGCAGGAAUAAAGCGUUCUACGAAAUUGAUGACGACUACACGACUCUAUACAAAGUGCUUGAGGUCUUGAAAGCCCAUAAAGAUGCUUGGCCUUUCUUGGAGCCUGUGGAUGAUUCUUAUGCCCCCAAUUACCACGAGAUCAUCCAGACACCAAUGGACCUGUCCACCAUUGAAAAGAAGCUCAGUGAUGGGGAGUACGUUGCUAAGGAGGAGUUUGUUGCUGACGUGAAGCUCAUGUUUGAGAACUGCAUUGAAUACAAUGGAGAAGACAGUGAGUACACUAUCAUGGCGGAGUCUCUGGAGCGGUGUCUUAGCCGGGCCCUAUUAAAACACUUUCCAUCAGAGGAUGGCGACACGGAUGAGGAAUUCCAAAUCAACAGCGAAGACAAGGACCGCAAGGACAAGAAGCGUAAUCGUAGCAGCAGUAAACAUUUGGGACCUGAAAGUCUGAUCAAAGCCACUGAGCAAGUCCAACGUAAGAGAAACGCCCAAGGGGGCGGCAAGGGCAGCUCACUCUCGGAAGAGGACAACAGACACGCACGUCCACCUCCUUCCCUUCACUGGGCCAAUGGCCCCCCACACCCCCACAGCCUGCCUCCGAGCCAGCAGCACAUGCAUCAAGGGGACAUCAGGGGCAUGUACCACCCCGGGCAACAGCUUCUUCGUCUGCCUGGCCCUCACGACGCACACAUGUAUGGUCAGAGGAUGGCCAUGGAUCCCCGCUUCUCUUACCCAGCUCACAUUGCCCGACACAGAGAUCCUGGUUUGAACCGGUUGCCCCACAACUUUGCCAUGCAGCAUCGCAUGGUUGAGGGAUGUCACAUGGGUCAUAGGUAUCCAAUGGUCCCAAAUCCUAAUCAACAGCAGCCUCCACACCAGCCGCAGCACCCCUACAUGGGACCAACUCAUGGCCCGUCUCUGGGCCCACGUCCGCUGGGCCUCCAGCCUGGCCCUCCUCCUGAAGCCAGCAUGUAUCCUUCCCACCAUCGUCCAGAGGGACACACCAUGCACCCCAUGGGCAACAGAUUCCUAGGGCCAGAAGGACCACAUCAGCACAACUACCCAGGCUUAAGGCCUCCCGGUAUGGGACUAUCUAACAUGUGGACUGGUAUGAACCACCAGGAGAGACCCAAUGGGAUGGGAAUGCAAGAUCCCAACAUGUUGAACCAGCGCAACUUUGGUUAUGGUGGAGUUCCCCCUCCAGUGGGGCAUAAACCUUGGCCAGAAGCUGCUGGAUACCCCCACCCGUGUCCCAAUGCCCAGUAUCAAAUGUCUGCAGCGGUCGGUUCCCCGGGCGCCAUGUCAUCACGCCCCCCUGUCCCCCACCCAGACUCCUCUGGCAGGACACGCUUGGCGUCCAUGCUGGAAAGCCCAGAGAUGCUGGCCCUGCAGCAGCUGUCAGCCUCUUCUGGACCCCCUGCUGGUACCCCGCAUCAGCACAUGGGCAAUGUUCAGCAGCCCGGGCCCCCAUCAGGAAUUGGCAGCAUCCCAGCUCCCCCCUCUCAGCAGCCUCCCCCUGCCCCUGAGGUUCAGCUGCUGCGUCCUGCUAGAGACAAUGGGCCAGACAGCCAGCCUCCUCGACAGACAGACACGCUGCCCAAAGACUCGACAUCAGAGAACAAAAUGGCAGCCAGCAUUUUGGAUGAAGCUUCAUCGCACCAAAUCACGGUUUCAAUUAACCCAGAGCACCCGUCCAUUCGUAGCCCCGCAGAACACCUCACUGGGCCAGCAGAGAGACUGCAGAGCCCCAGAGCUUCGAACCCGGGCAGAUUCCAGGAGAGUCCGUCCGGACCGGGGCUGUCGCAGCGUUCAACAGAGAGCCACACGCAGGAGGUCGAUGGCCAGAGACAAUCUGCCAAUCACGGAUCCAUUCAACACAUAAGUGCCACGACUGUUUCAUCCCAGCUCAACCCAAGUGAAAAUAGCUCCACCGACGCCACCCACCCUCAGCAUACACACACCAGUCCACAGCAAAAGGCUCAAAGCCCCACUCUCCUUCACCCGAACAUAACGCCACUGCAUGCUGCAGCGUCUCAGGAUUCAACUCGGCCAAUGUCAGAGAGCAAUUUGUCCCCCGCGCAGGAUGCACAUCGGCAAAGUGAGCAGCAGAACACCCAAAAACAGCAGCAACCUCAGGCAACCCAGGGUACAUCGCCCCAAUGCCACACACGGAGCUCUCCCCAGCCGAUCACCCAGAGCACACAGCAGCAUGGUUCUCUUCUACCGCCUCAUCCCAUCCCCCAAGACAUCUCUCCACAUCCUCCACAGAGCAGCCCCAUGCAUGGGAGGCCACAGAGUGCGACACAAGGAGCCCAGCCUGGACCCCCUCAGCCAGUCCCUCUUACCUCAUUGCCACCCAGUCAUCCGACCCCUCUACUACCAUCCCAGCCUAGCCCAGCAGACCAUGGAGAUCAAAGACCUAGUGAGCCUGCAAGUAGACUGGACACAGACGGCAACGCCGCUCCUCCGCAACACAUAAUGAAAUCUGGGCCUCCAAAUGGUAUUUAUAAACACCAAGCUUUUAGCCCCAAUCGCCAUCAAACCCAGGUGGUCAUUAGUAACCCAGGCAUGCAGGCUCAAAGAGGGCAAGCACCUGCUCACAAUCCAGCCAUGCCUCCCCAUUCCCAAGGCCAGGUAAAUGGAGCCAUGGGUCCAUAUGCCAUGGGGAACCACCUCCAUCCACACUACAGCCAGACAAACAUGAGCAGGCCCAUGCCUCCAUCUGCUCACCACCCAUAUCACAAUCAGGCCAUUAACCCCCUCCACAAUCCUGCUCAGCACCCCGCAUACCACCAGCAGGGAGGGUCUGCCUACUCCUACCACACGCCAGGCCAACAGCACCCCAAUGUGUUCCCAGCUCAUCAGUACCAGCAGCAGCACUACUUCCCACAAGCUCAGAUCCAUAACCAGGCCAGCAGCAGAGGAGGUUUUCCUCCUGAGGAGUGGCAUCGGCCUCAUUAUCAGCCUCGCCAAUCGAUGCCGCCCAAUAGCUACCCACCCGCAGCUAGUGCCAGAGGCAACGGUCCGUUGAAGGAGAGCAGUGUGUCACCACUGGGCUCUGAGGGCUCCAGUUUGAUGUCCCCUGGUGGCCCUAUGCCUGAAGUAGCAACACACCCUGGAGCCCCAGAAGACAUCAAGUGUGAAAGUAGGGAGCCGGCCAGUGGAUGCAAUGGUGACAGCCCCGCAAAGCAAGCUCAUGAGGAGAGCUCGGAGCGACCGGAGAGCCCGAAAGAAAUCCUCGACCUCGACAGCCAUAAUGCCGCUGCCCGCCGCCGCAGCACCCAACAGCACCCGCCUGCCUCUGCUGCACACAUGGUGUCUGGCUACAUGUUCGACCAUUGUGCAAUGCACCCUGGGAUGCAGCGUGCUGGCGUUCCUCCACCCCACAUGAUGUUUCAGACUCAUGGAAAUUGCAACAGGGCUCCUUACCCUGGCCAGCCGUACCCUGAUCCAGGACACUACGCCGCCCAAAGACCUCACCCACAUCUGAUGGAGGCUCUGCAGCGGCCCCAACAGCUGCCUUACUCACCGGGUCAGACGCGCAUGGUCAUGUACAGACACCCCCGGCCUGCGGGGAAUUUCCAGGGCAUGAUGAUUCAGCAGAGAGGCCUGGCACCAGAACACUUCCUACACCCAGGGCAGCAGAUGAUGGCUGCUCCGGGCGACCCUGGCAGUAAACAAGGAGUGUGACAAGAACGGAGCAUGUUAUUAUCAAUUGUUCCAGAAGGAGGAAUAUGUGGGUCAGCUGACCGACACUUCGCUCCACAUGCCUCCCUUAAUGAUUUUCUUACACUGGACAAGAACCUUCUGGCUCCGUUUCGCCCACCGAUGAAGUGAAAGAGCCAACCAGGCAGCUGGAAUAGCCGAGGUGAUGAUAAUGUGAAACGUGUUUGAGCCCUGGAGAACUUUUCUCUUUUUCGCUUGCCGUCCUUCACACUCUGUCGAGCCGACGGGGAUUUACCGACUUGCUCAAGGGCCCGUCGCCACAAGGCUUCUCCCCGACGUGGUUGAACCUGCAGCAGACGGGCAGCCGUCAUCAACCACCAGGCCGACACAGAGGACCCGGUCUCAAGAACACUCGACAGCCCUCUUCUCUUUGAGCAAUGGAAAUAUGAAUGGGUACCCUGAACACAGCCUGUCUAUCUUGAGCUGUCCUUCUACUGACGGAGCGGAGGAGGGUUGUGAUGAAGACGAGCGGGUUCUGUUGUUCUACUGAUAUCUUCGGUUCCAACCCUAUCUUUAAACUCAGGUGUAGAAAAGGAGGUACUAUGAGACUGUCCCCCUAACCCGGUCCACUCACAGGCCCCUUGCAAUUGCCUUGAUUACCUUAGUGAAUGUACGAGUGAAUGUGUAGACAAUAAGGUGUGUACAGCAGAUUAGCUGCGUGGGAAAAUACACACACACACACACACACACACACACACACACACACUGAUCGUUUGUCUUGAGCAUAAACCGUCCGGCGCAAGGCCCAGUUACUGUCCCCCUGACUCUUUCACUGUUUCUCUAGUUCUGGAGUAAACACGCAGUAUAUGCAUCUUUCAAAGCUGCCUUCAUUGACAAGAAUGUCUUUGAUUAGCAGAAAGGGACUGGAAAAAAUGGCGCAAUUUGUAUCCAACUUUACAUAACUCUCUGUUAUGCACUAUGGAUUUAGUCGAGACAUCCUGGAAUUGAGUGGCCUUGGCUUGUCCUAUUUUUAGUCAAAUGAAUAUAUGUAUAAAAAUAUAUCCUUAUCUCUUGUCCCAGACGGGGGGAAUUCUAAAACGACCUGUUCUGCUCGCUGGUAAAUGCACAAGCACAGAACAAACGCAGAGAUCCUGCUCUUUCUUUCUUUAUAUUUGUGACAUUUGUUGCAUUCCAGCUGAAAGUGUGUUCUUUCUUUGUUAAUUCACGGCCCUGCGCUUUGCAUAGUUGCUUCUUUGAGUGCUUCCUCUUCCCCUUGUCAAUACUAAACAGAUCCUCAGGGUGUACAGUUUCUAUAUACGGGUAUUGUUCUGCAUUAUUUGGAGGAGGAGCAGCACGAGGAAAAUGGGACCGCAGCCGUGGCCAAUGGAUCCACCUCCCCACCGCUUGUCUUUUUUCAUAGUUAUCAAAGUUGAUUUGAAAGGAGAGGGAUCACAUUUAAGUUAUUCCAUUUGAUAUCUUUCAGUUUUUCAUCACAACACAUGUUUUCAGAGCUACCGAUGCAUGUUCUCAUAACCGAUGUGGUCCGCGGAGGUUUACGACCUCCACCUCAUCGUGUUGUUUUGCAUUUGUGAACCCCACCUGUGCAGUUUAGUGAUGACCGUUAAAAUAAUCUACCUCAUUGGCAUUUACUGAGUCUCAACGUCUUUUCCUGCGCUGCCAGACUCCUGCUGGUCAACACGGUGUGACCAGCUGAUCUUUAGCACCACUAUUAGUUUGUAGUCUUACAGAAGUGAAACGAAUGCCUUACCACACACGGCCGGCUCGGUCACAGGUUGCUGACACUGACGGGUGUUCUGUAAAUGAAGCAAUCCUUGAAUCUUUUGAGUGGGACAGCACUUUCAUAAUCGUUUUUUAAAUGGAGUGCGAUGGUCAAUAUGACAUCGCGUGUCUGAAAAGUGGUCUCGCGCUGUACAGAUGGCAUGUCUUUCUGACUUCAGGUUGUUGGAACUAGAAAACGUAGGAGGUAUUCCAGUCUAGGGUCCGUAAUGGACCGCAUAGAGUUUGGCGUCAUUAUGUUAAUAUGUUCGUUAGUAGUAGGUACCUAAAGCAUCAUACGGAAAUAUUUGAGAGAGGAUGGUGGAAUAGGAAAGUUCUAGAAGCUGUGAGACAAUUUUCAAAAUGUGGCACACACAAGGCUAUUUAGUUGAAUAGGAAAUUGUCCAUAUUUAGUGGGCCUGAGGGGGUCACCUUGGAGGUCGUGUUCACUAGUGCGGUCUCAUGCAUGAAGGACAGUGUUCAUUUUAAAGGCCUGAGGUUGUGAUGUUGUCCUUUGCUGUAUAUAUGUUGUGUGUGUGUAUGCGUGUGUGUGUUUCUGGUGUGUAGAAUCGGCACCAGGUGAUCGGAAGUGUGCAUUCAUCUCUCACUUUUACUCUGCUGUCAUCUCUGCACUAGUGAAAACCGUUUAGAUGUGAUUAAAUGUGAAUCAUAUUUAUUUUCUCCUUCAGGCAUUUUUGUACAUUUUUGGACUUGUUUUAAUAUAAAUGUGGUGUAUGUUUCUAUUUUUUGUUCUUCUUGAUAUUUCUUUUUUGUUUUCAGCAGUUGUCUUUUACCUCGAUAGCAUGGUGGCAUUGAAAAAAGAACUGCAAGUUUAAUUUUCAGUGAUGUUUUCAAGUUCUUAUCUGACUGACAGAUUAUUUUGGAAAUGGAACAGAGUAUUUUCUAUACUGUACAUUUCUUAGAAAUAAAUCACUUUUCUCGAACAAGA